CUCUUCUCGACUUUCAGUCGCGUUCAAAAUGUCUCUUAAGGAUACUGCUUCUUCUCUUAGCUCAGGCACAUUGAUUUCUUUUUUCUGUUUAGUUCUUUAUUCCGCGGGAUUCGUUAGAAUCGAGCUGAAGUUUGAUGUUUACGAUCGGAGGUUGGAAGCUGUCGAGGAAGUCGUCGCUAUGAUGAAAUAUGAGAGGGCAAAGGAGAACUUGAAUUCGAACAAAGGUAAAGAGCUACCAUGUAUUUUUAGAUAAGGUCUGUCAUGCUUGAACAUGUAAAAUGGUUGAAUCUGUGUUGUUGGCUUAUGUCGUUAACGACCAACGUGGGGGGAAACAUGGUAAAAUAAUAACAAACAUUGAUGGGAUUAUAUUCACGAAGACUGAGGGCUUUAUAAAAAUUUCGCAAAGAUCAUGCUCGUUACUCCACGCUCACGUUUCAUUUCUUACGGUUAAGAUGGAUAAGUUCUGAUGUGAGAGACGGGAAAAUGUUUUGAACAUUAAUAUCGAGACAAACUUGAGCUCUUUGAGCCAAAGAUAAUGGACAUAAUGAAGUUUGCGUUUUCAAAGAAUUCGAUACAUACAGAGGCUGUUAUUCUCACACUUGUCUGAACCUCGCAGUACCUGAUUACACUUUUGCACUUAAAAUAAGUGCGAUACAGUUACGAUUCCAGUGGAAGUAGACAAAAUAUGUAUUUUAUUUCAAUGUACAAGUGAACCACGUCCAAAAACAGAUAAUUUUUCUUUGGUUCCCUAGCUCGCGGCAAAAUUUUAGAUCACCUUUUCAUUUUUAACUGAGCAUCUAUUUUUCUCAUCUGACUCUUAGAAAUCUUUGAAAUUAAUUUCUCACAAAUUUCACGAUGACUUUCCCCCGGCUUUAUUGGACGCCAGAAUUCAUAAUUUCCUAAUCAUAACAAUAUUUGAGUUGCAGAUUUUCGGAAAGACGCAGGCUUUUUACAUCAAAGAUUCCCAAGAAGUGCUGGUCAGAUUGCUUUAUCAAGCAAUGAGACGACUGAUAUGAAGGAACUUUUAAAGAACAUCGUGACUUUACGUAUGAAGAUUUGCGAAAGAAAUGGAAAACGCCGAAACGUUUGCCCAGCAGGGCCACGGGGACCACCAGGGAGAGCUGGACCCAAGGGUGACAAGGGCAACCGAGGAAGAGUGGGCAAAAGGGGAUUACAAGGAAUGAUGGGGCAGCCUGGUAGAGUUGGUAAGCAUGGACCACCAGGAAUACGAGGAGAAAAAGGCAUCAAAGGAGACAUCGGGACGCCGGGUAUCCCAGGGAAUAAAGGCGAACCAGGAGAAUCUAUUUCCGCCCCUAAAGUGAUAAUUUCUUCUUCACAAAUAACAGUCAAUGAAUUCGACACUGUCUCGCUUACCUGUUCCGCCUCAGGAAAUCCCAAACCUCAGCUAUCUUGGUCAAAGACGACGGGAUCGUUACCUAGCAACAGGAUCAAGACAACCGCUGACGGAGUGAUGCAGAUACAUGAUGUGCGCGCAGAAGACACCGGCACAUACAAGUGUGUAGGAAACAAUGUUCUUGGAAAUGAUGAAAAGACCACCCAAGUGGUGGUUCAAAGUAAGUGAGAGUUACUUUAAUGUAAUUGCAGUGGCUUGAGGAAGCAAACAUUACUCCCUUUUAAGCCUUUAACCCUUUUUAGUAUAAUUUCUCCUGUGAUUAUACAGAUGCGUGCGCUCUGUCCGCUCGCUAUAAUCACCUUGCGCGAAGUGAUUACAGCAAGAGCGUUAAGUUAAAAUAUUGCUGCCUCGCGUUUUGUCAGUAUUACAGAGGAAGUGAUGAACGCGGUAAAAGAAAAUUCGAUUAUGAAGAGCACGCAAGAUGCUGUAGUAACAUUUUUCAAAAGAAAGACAUGAAGUUUUUGCCAAUUGAAUUAAAUCAACCUAUAAAAUUCUAGUGGAAAGUCGCUGCUCAUCUCGCUGAAGUGUAAUAAAAACAGUUGAAACAGAAUGGUUUCAACGUCAAAACGAAUAUUUACAACAGAAAUCAUAAGCACCUAAGCAAUUAUACUAAAACAAUCAUUCGCCUCAGGCGCAGUGAAUAUUGUUGAAUAAUCCCUAAGACGAAGUCGAGGGGAUUAUUCAACUGGCUUCGCUUUCGGCAAAUAAUUGUCAAAUAACCUAACAUCAGUGUGCAUUUCCUCGAUGCUGUUCUCCCUACAAUUCCUGUGGUCCUUUCAAGGAGCAUUAGUCCAACAAUCAAGAGCUUUAUUCACAAGACCUUAGUACUUUGAGAGAUUUUAGAUGCUUUUCAAUCUUAGGAGUUUAAGGGUUACCAUGCCACAUAGUGCACUUACACAUCUUAUUCCCAAACAAGGAUAAAAGAUACUCGUGGGAAAUUGCCACAGGUUUUUCUUUAACAUUGUUUGGCGUGUAGUCUUGUCUAUCAUUCGCUGGCGGUUGCGUACAUAUUCGCAAAAAAUUCGGCGUUCCUUGAAAAGCUGCACAUUUCUUAAUGAAAAUAUGAUAUUUGUAGAAAUUUUGAUUUCUAAAUUUAUUUUAUUAAAUCAGUCUCGCCGAAAAUUUCCCUCAAAGUUUGGCGUGCAGUCCUGUCUAUCAUUCGUUGGCGGUUGCGUGCAUAUUCGCAAAAAAUUCGGCGUUCCUUGAAAAGCUGCACAUUUCUUAAUGAAAACAUAAUAUUUGUAGAAAUUUUGAUUUAUAAAUUUAUUUUAUUAAAUCAGCCUCGCCGAAAAUUUCCCUCAAGCCGGGCCCUUUCUAUGUGGCAGUUGGUAACACAAUCAUGCUUCCGAAGUGUGCUGUUGCCAGUUUUCCAGCUGCAAAGAUUGUUUGGACAAAGAUAUCAGUCCCUGACUUACAUCCACGAAUGAGAGACAUCAGUGACGGACAACUGUCGAUCGUUAACGCUCAUAAGGAAGAUUCGGGAUUUUAUCAGUGCAGGGCUACUAACAAGAUUGGAGUCGCUGUGGCCAUAACGCAUCUUGUCGUAGUUGACGAUCCAGUAAUCACUGUCAGACCACCUCCACAGCUUUCGGUAAAUCAUGGUCAAACUGUUAGCUUACGCUGUGAAGCUAGGGGUGAGCCAAAACCCAAAGUAUCCUGGCUGAAGGAAAACGGUGCAUUACCACUUGGAAGAUCGAAUGUUAGCAUCAAUGGAACACUUAAACUUUGGGAAGUGAAAUCUCAGGAUGCUGGUAAAUAUAUUUGUGUGGCGUCUUCAGCUGGUAUAUUUACAACUUCCACUUCCGUACAGCUUUCAGGUAUGCUGUGUUAGGCCUCUUAGCUAAUGAUAUUUUCUAAUUUAACUUUCCUUAUCGUAGGAAACUUUCUCUCUAAUGGGAAUUCAGUCGAGCCUCGUUCCAAUAUUUUUGUUUCUGCCGGCUCGCUGCUCAUUCCACCUACCCGCGAGAUCAGUUAAUUUUCUCCGUACCUCCCACUCCAUAAUUUGAAAGAAGACAGAAAUGUUUGAUUUCUAUGCAAGUUUUAAUAUGUGCUCUUGUUAAGGGCAUAAUCGUCUCUCUUACGAUUUGCUGACUUAAAACCUUAACUGUAUUCUCAGUCCUGACUUGUAGACCAGUGGGAGUGGCUGACAUAAAUAAGAUACCUGACGCUAAGAUGUCAUCAAGCUCACACUAUCUUGAGUACUUUGCCUUUUAUGGACGUCUGAAUGGAUCAAGAGGCCGCGGAGGAUGGUGUGCUAGGACCAAAAUUGACAGAGGAGACCACCUUCAAAUCGACAUGGGAGAGGUCCACUCCGUAUGUGCUGUGGCAACGCAAGGGAAACUCACCGGAUCAUAUGUCACAAGCUACAAACUGUAUUUCUCCAUUGAUGGGGUAAACUGGAUGGUGUACACAGAGUUGAAUCAAAUGAAGGUAAAGAAGAAACAUUUAACUGAUUUUACGAUUACAGAAAAUGAAAGAACUCAGUACGAAGUACAAACCCCCUGCACCACCUGUAAUUGAUACUUGUCGAAAACACGGGAGGAAAAAAGAAUCACCUUACUGAUCUGAAAGAGAAAUAUCUUACUCUUCCGUUAGCGUAUUUUACUCGGUCACGGUAGAAAAGUGAAGUUCAGAAAGAAAAUCAGGUCAAGUUUUUCCUUUUCAACCUGUGAUUUUUCUCCUAGGGUGUUUAUUGAAUUGACGAUUUAAUAAAAUUUUAGUGCUUCUAUGAUUAAGCGAAUAUUCGUAACUUCUUUUAAAAAAAUUACGACUUAUUUCCUCGUAAGAUCAGUUUGAAAACAACGGUAGCUACUGUUGAAACUGUACUUUUCUUUUUCCGUAGAUAUUUGGAGCAAACACGGAUAGAACCAGCGUUGUCCAACAUUUGAUUCGCAGCCCAACUCGAGCAAGAUUUUUUCGGUUUUAUCCUGUCACGCACCGGGUUCAUCCUUGUAUGAGAGUUGAAAUAUAUGUGCAACGAUUAGAAAAGGGAACUGAGUAACCACAGGUGUAUAUAUCGAAUUAUGGUUAUGAGAGAUGGCGACAUUUCACCAGGACUGAAACAGGGCGUUGGUUCAUUAAUAAUCCUUAUAGAACUCGC